AUGCUUCCAAUCGCGUACGCUGUUGUGGAGGCAGAGACCAAAAACACCUGGACAUGGUUUCUCCGGUUGCUAAUUGAUGAUUUUGGAGUUGAGAUCAUUAGGAAAAUAACCUUCAUGUCUGAUCAUCAGAAGGGACUCUUGCCUGCAUUCGAUGAAGUCAUCCCUGGAGUAGACCAUAGGUUCUAUGUCUACCAUCUUUACAGCAACUUCAGGAAGAAAUUUUCUGGACUACAGUUGAAACAGCUGAUGUGGAAGUGUGCAAAGGCUACACAUUGGAAGGAAUGGGAGAAAGAGAUGCAAAUCAUCAGGCAGAUCAAUGUGGAUGCACACAAACAUCUGAAUGCUAUUCCUCCAAGAUUUUGGAGCAGGUCCAGGUUUAAUUUUCAUUCUAAAUAUGACACUCUUGUAAACAACAUGUGUGAAAGCUUUAAUGGUGGAAUAGUAGAGUUUAGGGAGAAACCUAUAGUGACAAUGUUGGAGGAUAUCAGGGUUUAUUUGAUGACUAGAUGGGAUGUUAAUAGAGAAAGAAUUAAAAACUUUAAUGGUACCCUUCUACCUCGCAUUAGGAUGAAACUAGAGAGGAGAGGCAGAUCUGCUGGUGAGUGGAGGCCUUACUGGUCUGCUGCACAAACGUAUGAGGUUGUUAAUGGACUGAAUAAAUUUGCUGUUGAUCUUUCUGCUCAUGAGUGCUCUUGUAGGAAGUGGCAGCUUAGUGGUAUACCCUGCACACAUGCUAUAAGCUGCAUCAAUUUUAAGAGCCUUGACAUAGAUGCAUUUGUUGAUGACUGCUACAAGAAGGCUGCAUAUGUCAAGUGCUAUGAUUCAGUCAUCAAUCAUCUAAAUGACUCAGAUUUAUGGGAGAUAACCAACUUUGAUGAUGUCAUGCCCCUCCCUAUCGAAAUCCUAGCCACAGACCAGUCAAGAAGAGGAAGAAAGGACCAGAUGAAGCUCCGGACAGCAGCCAGUCCCACUUGUCUAGGAGGGGACAAAUCCAGAGAUGCUCAAACUGUGGUGAAUCUGGACACAAGGGGGGAGGAUGCAAGAAGCCAUCCCUGGAUGACCAAAAUUUUAGUCAAGCUGCUAGGAAGAGAACCAGAGGCGGAGAGGCGGCGAGGUUGCGAGGCGGCGAGGCGGCGGUAG